CAGUUAUCCAAUGAGGCUCCGUGCUGUGACGGUCGCUGGACGCUCCAGUCCACUCCAGUCAAGCGCCGGGGGGGUUCGGCUGGCUACCUGCGCCGAGGCGGUGGGAGCGCAGCGCGCUGAGAGGGCGCCAUGGGGCUGAAGGUGCCCGAGCCAGACGUGGGCGCCGGUGACGCGCGGCGUCGGUCCAGCGCGACGCAGCGCCUCCAGGAGGCGGGCGCGCUGCUGGACGGGCUGAUCGCCGCCAUCGGCUCCAGGGGCCGCUUCCAGACGCGUUUCAACCUCAUCUUCAACCUGUGCUUCCUGGUGCUGGCCGCCAUGCCGCCGCUCAACUACAUGAUCGCCAUGAGCGUGCCCGACCACUGGUGCCACGUGCCCGGCCGCGAGCUCACCAACUACUCGCUCGACGAGUGGAAGGCGCUCACCAUACCCAGGGUGAAGGGCGAGUCGGCGUUCGAGCACUGCCUGCAGUACAACGUGAGCUGGGAGUACGUCGACGGGCUCGCGACGCCGGGCACGGGCAACGAGUCGGCGGUGGUGGAGUGCCAGCACGGGGUCCAGUUCGACGACACGUGGUACACGCGCACGGUGCCCUCGCAGGAGCGCUGGGUAUGCGGCGAGCGCCUCAAGGUGGCCAACGCCUUCGCCGUCCACCAGGUCGGCCACGUCGUCGGCGGCUUCAUGUUCUGCCAAUUGGGUGACUACCUGGGCCGGCGGCCGCAGUUCUUCCUGUCCAUGGUGUUGGCCAGCCUGGCGCGCAGCCUGCUCGUCGCGACGUCAUCUAUCUACCCGCUCUUCCUCGUCGUCUCCAUCCUGGGCGGCGCGCCCAUCGGCGCUGUCUUCGAGGCGCCGUUAGCCCUCAGCAUGGAGGUGUCGGACAGCGAGCGGCGCGGCCACAUCGCCAUGAUGCAGCUGGUGGGCUGGUCCACGGGCAUGUGCAUCGUGCCGCUGGUGGCGUGGGCGUGCCGCGACUGGGUGCCCUUCAUGCUCAUCACCUCGCUGCCCUCGCUCGGCGUCGUCUUCUUCUUCAGGAUGUUCCCCGAGUCCCCGCGGUGGCUGGCGGCGAAGGGGCGCACGCACCAGUGCCUGUCGGUGUUGCGCCACAUCGCCAAGGUGAAUGGCCGGUCGGUGCCGCACGGCGCCAUGGAGGUGCUGGAGCGCAUCGCCGCCGCCAAGGAGCGACACUUCGGCAUUGCGGGCCUCUUCAGCAGCGCCCGCAUCAUCCGCAACACCGUCAUGAUCUCACUCUGCAGGAUCAGCGGCUUUCUGACGUUCUACGUGCUGGUGCUGAACGUGAGCAACAUGUCGGGGAACCCGUACCUCAACUUCCUGUACCAGGCGCUGGUGGAGGUGCCCGGCUUCGUAAUGGGACGCUACCUGGGUGACUGGCUGGGUCGGCGCUGGACGCAGGCCGGCAGCCAGUGGGUCAUGGCGCUCGCCAACUUCACCAUCGUCAUCAUCCUCACCUUCACGUCGGUGAGCUGGCCGACGACGGUGCUGGUGGUGUUCAUCCGCUUCGGCACGACGAUCGUCAACUACAUCGCCUACCUGCAGAGCAUGGAGCUGUAUCCGACGUGCAUUCGCCAGACGGGCACCUCGUUCGGCAUGCUGGCGGCUGGAGCUCUGGCCGCCGUCGCGCCCUACGUCGUCCACCUGGGCUCGGCGUACGACCCGCGGCUGCCGUACGCGGUGCUGGGGGCGACGCUGGUGGUGGGGGGCCUGCUGGCGUCCUUCCUGCCCGAGACGCUGCACUGCCAGCUGCCCGAGACGCUACGCGACGCCCAGGUGUUCGGCAGCGACGAGAAGUACUGGAGCUUCCGCCCGCACAAGCCGCCCGCCAAGGGGCCCGUCUAGCUCUGUUUCCAAUAAAACUGCUAAAACCA